UUUCAAAUUCACCAAUUGGGAACCUGCCAAACCCUAAACCCUCAUCUUCCGCCCCCAGAGAGGUCGAGCACCAGGCCAGUGUGCUCAUUUCUACUUCUGAUCUUGCUGUGCACACCGGCCUGUUGUGUAACUUGCAGAGUCUUUGCAGAAUAAACAUGGAGAAACAUUAUUCACGUUUGACGGUAGAUUCAUCUUACCCAGACUUGGUCAUCAAUGUAGGAAAAGUAACUCUUGGUGAAAGUAACAGAAAAAAGCUGCAGAAAGUUCAGAGAGAGAAAGAGAAGGUGAAAGUGAUCCAGGCUGCAUGUGCUUUAUUAAAUUCAGGAGGAGGAGUGAUUCAACUGGAAAUGGCAAACAACGAUGACAAUCUUGUGGAGAUGGGACUGGAUUUAGAAGACGCUUUGAGAACACUUAUUCUGUUUUCAAAUCUGCAAGCUUUCUUCAUGACAAAGCAACAAGGGAGUUGUUACUACAUUUUUGUGAAGUCUUGGAGCAGCGACACUUUGCUUGAAAACAUUUCUGUUAAGCCCCGCAUUUGUAGCCAGAGUUCUUCGUUAUACUGUAGAUCCGGCACUUCUGUGUAUCUCAUGGAUUCAAGAAAGGCAUUCCAUUUCCUGAAAACCAAGAAAACAAAUGCAAAAAGCUCAGGGAAAGAACCUGUUGGUGAAAUUUUCAAGGUUAUACAUCCAGACCUCCAUGACGUGGAUCCUACUUACUGUGUUUUUCAAAAAGACCAUUUUGAACGUGGUGAAGUCAUGCCUUUUCCCGAGUCUCAAUUAAUAGAGUUUAAGCAGUUCGCUACAAAACACAUUGAACAAUAUACGAAAGACACGAUUCUAGAGUAUAUCCCUGCAUUUGCAAACACUGACGGAGGCUAUCUUGUUAUUGGUGUGGAUGAUAAAAGUAGGGAAGUUCUGGGAUGUGCUAAAGAAAAUGUUGACCGUGCCUCUUUGAAAAAGAAAAUAGAAGAAACAAUACAAAAAUUAUCUUGUGUCCAUUUUUGCCAAUCUCAAUGCCAGAUAGAUUUCACAGUCAAAAUCUUGGAUGUGUUAGCCAAGGGAGAGCUAUAUGGCUAUGCUUGUGUAAUUGGAGUGAAGCGAUUCUGUGGUGCAGUGUUCUCGGGCGUUCCCAGUUCCUGGAUGGUGAAGGGUAAGGAUGUUUGCAGCCUGACAACUAAGGAAUGGCUAAGCAUGAUGAUGGAUACAGAUCCAGAUCUUACACAGGUGUGCAAAGACUUUGAAUCUCAGCUGAGUCUGUCUAACAGCCCUCCUCAGAGCAGACCAGUGUACUCCAAGAAAGGUCUGGAACAUAAGAAGGAUCUCCAACAACUCUUAUUUCCAGUGACACCAGGAUGUCUGAAAUAUACCCCUGAAUCUCUCCAGAAGGAACUGUUCUCGCAGAAUGAAGGUUUGGAGGAAUUAAUAAAUAGGCAAAUAGACCCAUCCUCCCAGGGAAUUUUAAUCCUUUCUACAAGCUGGGCUGUGGACCUGAACUUGGAAGAGAAGCAAGGAGUCAUCUGUGAUGCUCUGCUGAUAGCGCAGAACAGGCCGCCCAUCCUCUACACCAUCCUCAGGGGGCAAGACGCAGAGGGGCAGUCCUAUUGCACUCACACCGCCUUCACUCUGAAGCAGAAGCUGGUGAAUAUGGGAGGCUACACUGAAUAUCUGUGUAUCACGACCGAGGUCCUCCACCUGAGUCCCGAGGGCAGUGCACAGUCCUCGGCGGGUUCAGGCUCUGUGAUUGAUUACCCCAGUUCCUAUCACCUUGCAGACACUCAGCAAAUGGAAGCUUUGCUGCAGUCCCUUGUGAUCGUCUUGCUUGGCUUCCAGUCUCUCUUGAGCGACAAGCUCGGCUGUGAGGUUUUAAAUCUGCUCACAGCCAAGCAGUAUAAGAUCUUCUCAAAAAACCUCCGCAAGAGCAAAGAGUUGUUUAUCCAUGGCUUACCUGGCUCAGGGAAGACGAUCAUGGCCAUAAAGAUCAUGGAGAAGAUCAGGAACACUUUUCACUGUGAGACACAGGAAAUUCUCUACAUUUGUGAGAACAAGCCUUUGAAGAAUUUUAUCAGGGGCAAAAAUAUCUGCCAGGCAGUGACCCGGAAGAGCUUCAUGAAAUAUAACUUUGAAUACAUUCAACAUAUCAUCAUCGAUGAAGCUCAGAAUUUCCGCACUGAAGAUGGGGACUGGUAUAUAAAGGCGAAAACCAUCACUCAGAGAGAUGUGGAUUGCCCAAGAAUUCUCUGGAUCUUUCUGGACUACUUUCAGACCAGCCACAUGGAGUGCAUCGGCCUCCCUCCUCUCUCAGCCCAGUAUCCAAGGGAAGAGCUCACCAGAGUGGUACGCAAUGCAGGUCAAAUAGCUGGAUAUCUACAAGAUGUAUUGGAGAAGGUCAGGAAAAAUCCUCCAUGUAACAUCCCCCCUGAACCCCUGAAGAUGUGCCUUAAAGCUGAAUGGGCUCAGGAUGUUCAGGGAACCUUAAAUAUUAAGAAGAACUUAACUCUGAAUGCAAUAGUGAUGCACGUGGCAGACACCUGCAAGCUUCUCUUUGAAAGGGGCUAUUCUCCCAAGGAUGUUGCUGUGCUUGUCAGCACCGCAAAAGAUGUGGAGAAAUACCAGCAGAAGCUCUUGCAAGCAAUGAGGAAGAAAAGGAUAAUGUGUCUCACCAACGAGAGUGACGUGGAGGGUGAUCACAUGGUGUUGGACAGUGUCCGAAGAUUCUCAGGUCUGGAAAGGAGCAUUGUGUUUGGGAUCCAUCCAAGCACGGUGGAGCCGGCUAUCUUACACAACGUUCUUGUCUGUCUGGCAUCCAGAGCGAAUCAACAGCUACAUAUUCUGUGGCAGCGUAAGGAUAAAGAAGUAUUCCAAACCAAAAUGGGAUGAGGCGAUUUGCUCUGUCAGAGUCCAUGGGUGGCAAUCUGAUUGGUGUUGGAAGAAACUUGUCUUUUCCAUUCAUGGGUCAGCUAGAGAUUUGGGCAGAGCUGACAUACAGAAUCUGGAACUUCCCUCUCUGGCUCUCUCCUUUCAGGGAUUCCUCCCCAAACUCCUUCUGGCAGCUAUUGUCCCAAAUUCUGCCCCUGAUUCUUCCAACCAGAAGGAUAGUGGUUUUCUAAAGGAGCUUUAAUCACCCUGCACAGCACAGACUGUGACCUGCCCUAUGGCUAAAAGCCAUAAAAACAAUACAUUUGUCCUGUGGCUAUUGUUUCUUCUAAGUCUGGACCCUAUAGUGUAUUUUUUAAAAAAUUUGUCCAGGAUCUAUAGUUAAUCUGCAGAAGGGUGGUCUGGAUGGGACUACUUGGCCAAAUUAGAGGCAGAAUUCUUGUUUCCAGAAUUCUUGACAUUUCUGUAUGUCGCAUUGAUCCAGGAUUUGGGAGAUGCCCAAGAUAGUUCAGACAGCAACUUAGUGGGUCUUAAUAAUUUUUGGCAGAACAGAGAGCACUGUACAAUUAUUUAAUCUUUUAAAAUUGUAAGUGCCAUUUUUUUUUGUCCUCAGAAUAUCCCAGAUCAAGCUUUAAUCAUGAUAGUAAGCGUUGAUUGUCACUUUACAAAGAAAUUAUAAACCAAUAUAAAACAAAACUAAAGCCAUUUUCUCUUUAAGUGAGAGCAUUAGAGACCAAAAUCUGCUUCUAAAGGUACACACAGGUCAUUAAGUAAACAGAACUAGGAAAAAUACAGUCUUUACAGAUCAACUUCUCAACUCCACUCUACUUAAUGUUCUAUAACAUAUCAACUUAAAAUUUAAAUCAAGUAUAUUCUUGAACUGUAAUUUCCCCCUUUACUUUUAUAUUUUGGUGGGCCAGUCUUAUGGACUGAACAUUUGUGUCCCUCCAAAAUUCAUAAGUUGAAGCCCUAACGUUUAGUGUGGAUCUAUAAGGAAGUCAUUAAGGUUAAAUGAGGUCAUAGGAGGGGGUCUUGAUCUCCUAAGAUUGGAGACCUUAUGAGAAGAGACACCCAAGAGCUCUUUCUGUCUCUUUCUCUGUCCACACACAAACACGAGGUCAUGUGAACACAGAGAGAGAUGGUGGCCACUUCCAAGUCAAGAGAAGAGGCUCCAAGAUGAUACAACUCCUACUGACACCGUGAUCGUAGAUUCUCAGCAUCUAGAACUUUGUGAAAUAAAUGUCUAUUCUUUAAGCC